AUGAGCCGACGCCUCAACCCGCUUCCGCAACUCGUGGCGGACCGCUUGGCCCGUAUCCAGGAGAACGUCGACCGCUCGAUCUGGGUCCGGCGCGAGCGGCUGGCCGUAGAAGGAAGCCCCGUUACGGACGAGAUGCUCGACGUCCGGCAGGCCGCCUCCCUCCUCUAUACCCCCGUAACGGCGGGCGAGCACUUCGGGGCGCCGCACGGCGACUGGUCGCACCGGUGGUUCCGCGUGGCGAUUCCCGCGGCCCGGGAAGGCGAGCGCGGCCGGCGCUUCCUGCGCUGGAAGUGCCAGGGGGAGACGACCGCGUUCAUCGACGGCGUGCCCUGGGCGGGCCUCGAUCCCGGCCACCCGACCUGCCCGCUGCCAGACACGGCGGCCGUCCUCUAUCUGGACACCGCCACUUGGCAAACCGGCAUCUGGACUCCCGAGCCGCCGGAGGCGAUCGGCCCGUAUGGGCUGCGCUUCGACUUCGCCGAGCUGCGCAUCCGCGACGCCGCCGCCUUGGGACCUGAAGUGGGACCUCGACGCGCUCCGGCAGCUCGGUGA